AUGACCGAUUUCCCUCCUAACCUUUCUAUUAGACCGUUGACCAUUGAGGACUUGGAUCAAACUCUUGCCCUUGAGACAAGGGGGUUUCCGGAAAAUGAAAGGUGUACCAAAGAAAAAUUGGAAUACAGACUUACAGUUUGCCCAGAAUUAUGCUCAGGUUUAUUUAUAAGGGAUUACACCUCAAAGUAUAGUGCCAUCAACUUACCGGAAGUUGCUGCAAGCCAACAAAAGGACAAGAAGGAUGGAGAAGACAUUGAGGACGUUAAUUCUGAAGAUGACGAUGACGAAGAUAUCCCAAUAAAAUCUUCAGUUAUCAAGGAAACAUUAAUCGCACACAUUAUUGCCACGAAAAUCUAUUCAAGCAGAAUUACCUCUCAGUCUAUGGAAUUACCAUCUAAGGACGACAAGACUGCUGGUCACAUAGAAUACUCUAGAUAUAUCGGAAUACAUGGAUUAGUCGUAGACCCUGAUUGGCAGGGUAAAAAUUUAGGUACUUUACUUAUGCACGAUUACAUUCAGAAGUUGAGUAACCAAGAUUUGGGAGACAAGGUUGUUAUAAUUGCUCACAAGGAGUUGAUUCCUUUCUAUGAGAAGAUUGGUUUCAACAGUCAUGGAGUUAGUGAGUGUAAGUUUGGUGGAGUUGAAUGGUAUGACUUGAGUAUCGACUUAAUUCCAGAAGAAGAUGAUUAG